AUGAUUCACAAUGUGAGCGAUGCUUUUGAUAACGGGAAUAACCUAUACUACUUACACCAAUAUGAUAAUCCGGGCAUGGUUUUGGUGUCACAACCAUUGUCUAGUGAUAAUUUUCAUUGUUGGAAGAGGUAUAUGGUUCUUGAUCUUUCGGCCAAGAAGAAGUUGGGAUUUGUAGAUGGCUCGGUCGUCCCUUCUGAUCCUUCAUCGUCUGAGCUCUUCAAUGCCUGGACUCAGGCGAACAAUCUGGUGAUUUCUUGGAUUUUGAAUUCUGUCUCCAAAGAGAUUGCGGCCAAUUUAUUGUAUCAUAGUUCUACUUCUGAUAUGUGGAAAUACAUUGUUGAACGUUUUCAACAGUCGAAUGGGCCUCAGUUGUUUCAAUUGAAGAAGAAGCUGAUUAGCUUGGUUCAAGGUCAGGUUCGAAGAGUGCUUGAUGAGCAGAAGCAGGAGCAAAUCUUCCAAUUCUUGAUGGGUUUGAAUAACUCUUUUUCUCAUAUUCGAGGGAAGAUUCUUUUAUUGGAUCCUUUUCCGUCCAUCUCCAAGGUUAUCUCUUUGAUUGUUCAGGAAGAGAAUCAAAGGGCAAUCAAGCUUGAUACUGCUGGGCUGAUGCAACUUUUUCUGUCAAGAUGA